AUUUAUUCUAGAAAUUAUAGUUGAAUGUAUUCAUGAUGGUCUUUCCUGAUAUUUUUUUGCAGAUUGUGAGAGAGAAAUUAACAAAGGAGUCACCUGCUGCUCAGAGUCAAGUUUCGCAGAAAGAAACAGUGGAAAUGAAUGAGACACCUUCUUCUCCAAUAGCUCCAAAGAGUAUUGAAACUCCCGUUUAUACUCCAAGUCAGACUCAGCAGAUUGAGAGAGAGCCAUCGGAUGACACGCCUGCCCUUGAUAGUCAAAUUUUCACUCCUAAUCUGACAAAAGAGGUAUAUGCUCAAUGACAGUUGGAGUUUACAAUUAGUUUUGGGUGAUUUACAUAUAUAGACCUUUCUAAUUUUUGGCAGAGGGAAACACAAACCUCUACUGAUGAGACGCCACCCAAAACUAAUCAAGAAGAAGGAAAAACAAAUGAUGAGGUAAUAUUUACUCUAGAAAUUAUAAUUGAAUGUAUUCAUGAUGGCCUUUCCUGAUAUUUUUUGCAGAUUGUGAUUGAGUCACCUGCUGCUCAGACUCAAGUUUUGCAAAAAGAAACACUGGAAAUGAAUGAGACACCUUCUUCUCCAAUAUCUCCAAAGAGUAUUGAGGCUCAAGUUUUUACUCCAAUUCAGAAACAGCAGACGGUAACAGAGGGAACGUAUGAGGCUACACAACCAUUGACUGAGAUCAUUUCAGCAAACAAUAAAAAGGAGGAUACACAUGUUGUGCAUCACACACCUUCCUCUCCAUUGUCUUCACUAAUUGCACUAGUUAUUGAAGAAAAUAAGAAUGCUUUGGUAAGAAGAAAUAUUUAAAAUGUUUAUGUAAUAUUUUUCUAUUCAACUAACUCUUACCAUUUACUUUUGUCUUAUAGAGUGAGACAGAAUCUGUGACCCAAUAUUUUUCUCUAAAUGAGGGAGAGGAGACACAAUCAAGCAGAAAGAAUCAAGCAGAAGAAAAUCUCAAGGAUACUACAAAACAUACAACUGAGCUAGUUUCCACAGAUGUUUCGAAGACACAGCCUCUUACACAGCCUCUUACACAGCUUCUUACACAGCCUCUUACUCAGCAAACACAGCACCUUCAGACAAGUGAGGGAGAGCAAUCCGAUGAGACACCAUCAGAGCAGAAUCAAGCAGAAGAAAAUCUCAAGGAUACUACAGAACCUACUACUGAGCUAGUUUCCACAGAGCCUACUACUGAACCUACUACUGAGCAUGUUUUGAAGAUACCGCCUAUUACUCAGAAAACAGAGCAUCUUCAGACAAGUGCUAUAGAUUUUUCAGAAACAAACGAGGUUGAAGUAAGCAGGCUUCUAGCUCACUUUCAAAUAGGCGCAGAGGUUGAGAUUUUGUCUACUGAUGACGAAAUAUGGUAUCCAGGAAAGGUUGUUGAUCUUAAACUGUGUGAAGGACUAGAGGAGCUGACAGUUGAGUACACGACACUCUUCGCAGACCAACAUAGACUUCAGAAACUUCAGGAUACUAUCACGGCUGACAAAAUACGUCCUGCAACACCAACUAGUGACCAAAAAUCCUUUGAGAUGAUGGAUAAGGUAGAAGUCUUUUACAACAAUGGCUGGAGCAGCGGACAAAUUAGCAUGGUACUUGGUGAUAACACAUACUCGGUGUGUCUCUAUACUUCUAUGGAAACUAUUCUAUUCAAACAUUCAGAUUUGCGAAUUCAUAGAGAAUGGAAAGAUGGAGUCUGGAAGAUGGCAGAUAAGGUGAAGCCUGAUAAGAAAAGGAAAGCUGCUGCCUCAUCACAAAAUUCAGGAAUGGAUAAUGUUUUCCUAAGAAGGAGCGAGAGGGUGCCUAAACGAUCUAGAGACACAAAAACUCCAUUCAAGUCUGAAAGAAAUCCGGCUUUAACUGUAAUACAUGAGAUUAUACCUGCAGUUGAUCCGUUUUCAACUCCUGCGGAACAUAAGCUUUCAAGGCUUCAAAAUUGGAUGACAUUAAAGCCCGGCAUGCAUGAAACGUCCCUAUCAAUCAAUGAUAAUAAGAUAAGGAAAUCUUUCUUUCAAAGCAUGGAAAAUGCAAAAAAGGACCUUAAGAAAGAGCACAUUGAUGGAGCCUUUGCAAUGCUAAAUUGCAGAAGAAAUGAGAAUGCUGCUUGGUUCCACAACUACAAGAUUCCAAAGGCGUGCUUCCUACCUAUGGAGUUCUUGCAUUGCUUGCUCUCUCAUGAUUUGGCUUACAAGAAAGAAAAGGUCAAAGGUAAAAAGAUUUUCAACGAUUUAUUUAAAGAUAUUGUAAGAGGGAAGGUAUAUCCAGAGAAGACAUGGGGAGAAGAUGUUGAUGUUGUGUAUGGGAUUACUCUUGGAAAAAAAAGCAAUGUCUGGAUUGGGAUGGAAAUUCAUUUGAAGAAGAAAAGAAUCACAGUAUAUGAUUGUUUUCAAAAGGAAAGCAACAGCAUUGAUAUUCCUCAAGUGAAAAAGUUGGCAGUGUUGAUUUCUGAUCUGCUGGUGGAAUCUUCUGGUGAUGAGGUAGAUAAAGUGAAGAUGAUUCCAUUUGAGGUUGAGCAGGCACAAGGUUUACCCAAGACAAAACAUCCUUUCAACUGUGGGAUAUUUCUUGUCAAGAUUCUGGAGUGCCAGUCAUUGAAGAUAGGAGACAUGACAAAGAUUAAUGAUGACAAUGCAUUGGAGCUAAGGAGAACCUUGUCUUGUGAGAUCUUCAACCAAUUUGUGGAUGAGAGCUUUGGGAAAUGAGAAUGAUGCAUCAAAACAUUUUUUGUUUUAGUUAAGACUCGGUUUUAGUUAUGACUGUUUAUUUUGUUAUGUUGUUGGCGUCUGGUUACAUAAGAAAGAUUGGAAGGAUAUCAAGUAUUUUUUUUGGGU